AUGGCAUCGAUGAAGUUUGAUCUACCGCUGCUGGAUUACAAGACGAGAUUUGCGCUGUGUCAAGUCAAGAUGCGGGCGAUUCUGGCACAAUCUUCGGAUCUUGAUGAGGCGCUGGAUGGUUUCGGAGACAAAGGGCAGAAGUCAUGGACCGCUGAAGAGAAGAGGAAGGAUCGUAAGGCUCUGUCUCUGAUUCAACUUCAUCUAUAUAAUGAUAUUUUGCAAGAAGUGCUACAGGAGAAAACUGUCGUAGAACUCUGGCUUAAGCUGGAAUCGAUCUGCAUGUCCAAGGAUCUAACCAGUAAGAUGCACGUGAAGAUGAAGUUGUUCACGCACAAGCUACAAGAAGGAGGUUCGGUGAUGAACCACUUAUCGAUCUUUAAGGAGAUCGUUGCCGACCUAAUGUCGAUGGAGAUAAAAUAUGUUGAUAAAGAUUUAGCUCUUCUACUGUUAUGCUCACUGCCUAGUUCGUUUACAAAUUUCCGAGAUACCAUACUAUUAAGCCGUGAUGAACUAACCCUUGCAAAAGUAUAUGAGGCUCUCCAGAUGAGGGAGAAGAUGAAAGGUAUGGUUCAGUCUGACGUGUCGUCCUCCAAGGGCGAAGUGUUGCAGAAUAAGGAGAAAAGAAAUGGUACGUAUAAACCAAAAAAUAAAUCCGAUGGUGAUGGUAAGGCCUCUGUUGUCUCCGAUGUUGAUAAUUCUGAUUUAGGACAUGUUCUUGUUGCUUUUGCUGGUUGUGUUGCUGGUCGUGAUGAAUGGAUACUUGAUUCUGCAUGCUCAUUUCAUAUAUGCUCUAACAGAGAUUGGUUUAGUUCUUACGAGUUUGUGCAGAGUGGAGAUGUUGUGCGUAUGGGAGAUAACAACCCACGUGAGAUCGUGGGCAUUGGCUCCGUUCAGAUCAAGAUGCAUGAUGGCAUGAUACGCACACUGAAAGAUUUAUAUGUUCUUAGAGGAAGUACUUUACAUGGUUCCGUCACUGUUGCUACUAUUUCUAAUGAUGAACCAAGUAAGACUAAUCUCUGGCAUAUGCGUCUUGGGCAUAUGAGUGAACUUAGUAUGGCAGAAUUGAUCAAGAGAGACCUGCUGGAUGGCUGCAUUGUGGGUAAGAUGAAGUUCUAUGAACACUAUGUUUUUGGUACACUUGAUUAUGUACAUGCUGAUUUGUGGGGGCUGUCUCGUAAGCCCACCUAUUGUGGUGCUCGUUACAUGCUUAUCAUUAUUGAUGAUUACUCUAGAAAAGUGUGGCCUUAUUUUCUGAAAAAUAAAGAUGAUACUUUUGCUGCUUUUAAAGAAUGGAAAGUUAUGAUAGAAAGCUUAUCCACAGAUAUUUCUCUAGUUGGUUCUGAUGAGGAGCAGCAACAUGUUAGCAUGCAAGUGGAGCACGUAGAUGAUCAGGAAACUGAAAUUGUUGAUAACAAUAUUCAUGAUAUUGUUCAACACUUACCUCCUGUUUUGCAGCCUCAAAAUCAGUCUAUUGCAGAUCGCAGAACAAAGAGAAAUUAUGGACCUCGUCCACAUUUAACUGAGGAAUGUGAUAUGGUUCAUUAUGCUUUUAGUUGUGCUGAACAGGUGGAGAACAUUCAUGAGCCGACUACGUACACUAAAGCUGUUGUUUCUGGUGACCGCGAGAAGUGGAUUUCCACCAUGCAAGAGGAGAUGCAGUCACUCGAGAAAAAUGGCACAUGGGAUGUUGUGCGCUUGCCUGAACAAAAGAAGGUCGUUCGUUGCAAAUGGAUCUUCAAGAGAAAGGAGGGUUUAUCUCCUAGUGAGCCUCCAAGAUUUAAGGCAAGUACGGAUGAGGAUUUUGAGUACAUGUCAAGAGUUCCAUAUUCUAGUGUUGUUGGUUCUUUGAUGUAUGCCAUGGUUUGCUCUCGUCCUGAUUUAUCAUAUGCUAUGAGUUUAGUUAGUAGAUACAUGGCUAAUCCUGCUAAAGAACAUUGA